CUGAUCUACUGUUUUCAUCCGUAUUUUGAAUUUAUACGUGGUAUAUUAUGUGUGACAAAGAUAAAGAAAUUAGAGAGCUGUUAUAUGCUCUUGAAGAACCAGUAGUAUUUAAAAAUGUUUUGGAAACAGAGGGAACGUCGAAAUGGAAACUGCUUGAUUGGAGCUUAGAGGAUCUUGCUAACAAACUCGAAAACCAAACCCUACCUUUUAGAGUUGGAAAAAAUACCAAAACAAUAAAUCCUCAGUGGGAAGUUGAUACGCCAAUUGAACACAUGUCUUUAAAAGAAUUUUUAAACAAAUCCCAAGGUAUUGGCAACUUAUCCAACUGGUUUUACUUUGACUACAAGUACAUGCGUAAAUGGUUUAAAGAAAAAUCAGACAUACUGGAAUCAUUAAACUGGAAAAGUUUUGGAUUUGAUUUUGAUGGAUCUGACUCAACAAUGUGGAUUGGUAAUCGAGGGGCACACACUAACUGUCAUCAAGAUUCCUAUGGUUGCAAUUUAGUGGCUCAAAUACAUGGAAGAAAGUUGUGGCUACUGUUUUCCCCCAAAUGUACAAAUGUAAUGCAACCCACAAGAGUACCUUUUGAGGAAUCGACGAUUUUUAGCAAAUAUAAUUUUUUUACUCCAAAUAAAAAAGAAAUUGAAGCAAUACAAAGCACAUUAGGUAAUGUAAAGAUGAUAAUUCUUGAGCCAAAGGAUGUACUAUUUGUUCCUAAAGGAUGGUGGCAUUACGUAGAGUCUUUAGAAGUGAGUAUGAGUGUAAAUGUGUGGUUACCUGUAAAGGAAGACUGUUAUUCAAGACUAAAAGAAUCUCUAGUACACUUAAUUGCAAACACUGUUGGUCAAGAUGUUGUGCCAAGAACAGUUAAUCAACAAGAAUCUGACUUGUUGGAAAGCAUUAAACUAAUUGAACGUUCUUUAGCUGAAUGUAAACAACCAAUGUUGAAAGACAAUCAAAAGUUGUUAAAAAACCAAGAAAUGCCCAAGAUAAAUGAUGAUGAAUCUGUACUGAAAGACUUGAAUUAUAAAUAUAGUAAUUGUUGUUCAACCAUUCCUAAUUUAACAAAUGAAAAUAUGAGUCAGUUUUUGGAAAAAAAUAACAUUAAUACAACCAGCAAUGUUGACAGCGAAGAGAUCAAUGAAAAUGAUGAAGCAUCAACAUUAGAGAUUCUAGAAGCUGUAGUAGAUGCAUUUUGUCAUCCUGAUGUUACAUCUAAAGUGUCACAAAUUUUAAGGGACAAAUUUAUACAUAAAAAUAUAAAUAUCUCCUAA